GAGCGUACAGAACAUUCUGAAUAGGCUGGUUCAUUUUCUUCUAAACUCCCAGGAGAAAGACAAUGGCUGACUGCAAAAAGAAAAAGGAAAAAAAACUAGAAUCAAACGCCUGAUCUCUAAAUUCCUUAGAUUUGUGUGAUUAACGAGUUCAUAUUCCUAGAAAGAGCAUCAAAAUCAGAGAAAGGAAAAACCGAUUCAACCAUGGAUCGUUCAAAAGUUCAGGAGAUAAUAGAACAGCAAGUACUAACAGUAGCAAAAGCAUUUGAAGAAAAACUUGAUGAUGAAAUAUCAGCAUUAGAUCGUGUUGAUCUUGAUGACAUUGAUGCAUUAAGAGAAAGAAGGUUACAACAAAUGAAGAAAAUGGCUGAGAAAAGAAAUCGUUGGGUCUCACUUGGUCAUGGUGAAUAUAGUGAAAUCCAAUCUGAAAAAGAUUUCUUUACUGUUGUUAAAGCUAGUGAACGUGUUGUUUGUCAUUUCUAUCGGGUGAAUUGGCCCUGCAAGGUGAUUGACAAGCACAUGACGAUUCUAGCGAAAAAACACAUAGAGACUCGAUUUGUGAAAAUUAAUGCUGAGAAAAGUCCUUUCCUAGCUGAGAAGCUUAAGAUAAUUGUGCUUCCAACUCUUGCCCUUAUCAAGAAUACCAAAGUCGAUGACUAUGUGGUAGGAUUUGACGAGUUAGGAGGGACAGAUGAUUUUAGCACCGAGGAGCUUGAAGAGAGAAUCGCAAGAUCUCAAGUCAUAAUAUUUGAGGGUGAAUCAUCAUCUCUAAGCCUGUCCAAACCUCAUACCAGAAACGUACGUCAAAGCCAGCGCUCAGAUUCAGAUUCAGAUUAAGUUUGUUAUUUCCGUGUUUAUAACCCUGGAAAGUGGUUCCUUUUCGUGUAUGUAUUUGUUUGGAGGCAUAUAUCUCCAUGAAAGUAUCUAGUAUGUCUGACGUAGUAUUAGCCUAGUUGUUUGAUGAUUCUCUCCUGAGUUGUUUUCCAUGGAUAAUUGACAUGUCCUUAUUUGAUUUCUGUUUCUUUGGAUUUAUCAAUCGAAUCUCCCUUUUGUUUUUUGUUGUCCA